AUGCCUCGUAAAGGUUCUGGUAGGGGUCAAAAAAACCAACGUGGGCGCAGUAGAAGAGAAGCGGAAGAGCCACGCCUCAGCCAAUUCAAUCGCCAAGAAUCCGACGAAAAUGAUUCAGAAGCUUCAGCAGAAGACGAAGAUGAAGAUGAGCAACCAAAGUUUGUGAUGCCAUUCAAACUCGCCAUGUACGACUUCAACCAGUGCGACCCGAAGCGAUGUUCUGGAAGACGACUUCUUCGCGUCGGCCUCAUCGAAGAAGUGCGACUCGGCUCUCGGUUUCCAGGCCUUGUUCUCAGUCCGACAGGAGUCUUCACUCUUGCUCCGCGAGAUCGUGCCUUCGUCGAACAUAACGGUCUCGGAGUCGUCGACUGCUCCUGGAAGGAAGUGAAGAACACGCCGUUGAACCGAGUCAAGGCUCCAGAACACCGACUACUGCCGUAUCUCGUCGCCGCCAACUCUGUCAAUUACGGUCGACCUUGCCAUUUGAACUGUGCCGAAGCCAUGGCCGCGGGUCUCUACAUUCUGGGUUUUCCAGAAGCCGCUUCUGAGCUCAUGAAGCCUUUCUCCUACGGUCCUCACUUCAUCGACCUCAACCGCGAACUACUCGACAUUUACGCCGCCUGUCACACGCCAGAGGAAGUUAUCGAGAAGCAGAACGCUUACAUCGCGAAGAUUGACGCUGAACGGAGUCUCAACAAGGAAAUCGACUACCCUCCCAGCGAGAGCGAUGAAGAAGAAGAAGAAGAAGAAGAAAUCAAACCUGGAAUCAGCAAUUGA